CCUCUGAGCUCUGUCUGUGGCCAAGAAGCGCGCUCCCGUGUGCGCGCCUCGCCCUGCUUCGACACAGUAAACGGGUGUCGGCGUGAGCGUCGCUGAGCUGUGAAUGGACACUAACAGGGAAUGUAAUAUUCUUCUGCCGCUGCCUGGUUUCUCUUGUCAUUUAAUCUCUGCAACGGAAGCCGGGUGUUGAUGAGUGACAGGGGUGAUGUGAUGGCUGAGCUAGCAGGCAGGACAGAUCAGAGCAGACUGUCUGCUGCACGCUGAGCCAACUGGAUGCAACACGUUAGAGCCUAGACAGAAUGGAUUUCCCCAAUUGCACUGAGGUGGUGUUUGCCACGAGCAGCAGUGGUAAUGACUCACUGGAGACCACUAAACUCCCUCCCAGUAAGAUCCUGCUCACAGUGACCCUCUCUGUAUUGGCUAUCCUGACUACAUUUUUCAACUGCCUGGUGAUCACAGCUAUUGCAGUCACGCGGAAGUUGCACCACCCAGCCAACUACCUCAUCUGCUCAUUAGCAGUGACCGACCUGCUAGUGGCUGUGCUGGUCAUGCCCUUCAGUAUCAUGUACAUCCAAAAAGAGACCUGGGUCAUGGGCCAGGUGGUGUGUACCAUCUGGUUAAGUGUGGACAUCACCUGUUGCACAUGCUCCAUCCUGCACCUCGCUGCUAUUGCCAUCGACCGUUACAGGGCCAUUACUGAUGCCGUGGAGUACUCUCAAAAACGCACGGGGGCCAGGGCUGGGGCGAUGGUGGCAGUGGUGUGGCUUUUGUCAAUCCUCAUAUCACUUCCUCCUCUACUGUGGCGGCAUUACAGCGAGGAUCCAGAACAGGAAGACCAGUGCAUCAUCAUCCACCAUCACAUGGCCUUCACCUUGUACUCCACCCUUGGAGCGUUUUACAUCCCACUGCUGCUUAUCCUCAUCCUCUACUAUAAGAUCUAUCGGGCAGCUCAGACCCUCUAUAUGCGCAGGGAGGCCAGCAGAGCCAGCCGUCACUCCUGUAUGACCAAUGGGAGCAUGAUCCCAUCAUCUUAUCCUGCUGGAGAUGGUGAUGUUGAUGAGGGACCUCGAAGUCCAGAACCCGUAAGCCCACCAGAAAAGUCAUUCUCAGAACCCUCAACUGAGGAACCUCCGCGUGAACGGGUGCGUGUAUCAGUAAAGGCUUUCCAGUGCAAGUCGCGCCGGCAUGAAUCACGCAGCGAGUCACGUCGGAGCCAGUUUUACCAAGGACCUCGGAUCUCAGGCUCAAGGGAACGCAAAGCAGCAUACACGUUGGGAUUGAUAAUAGGGGCCUUUGUUAUCUGUUGGUUGCCAUUUUUUGUCAAGGAAGUGAUCGUUAAUACCUGCAGUUCUUGCAGUACUUCGGUAGAGAUGGCCGACUUUCUGACAUGGUUGGGCUACCUUAACUCGCUGAUCAACCCCCUCAUUUACACCAUCUUUAAUGAAGACUUCAAAAAAGCUUUCCAAAGACUUGUUAGGUGCAGUCAUUACCUCUGAUGGAUACAAUUAUGCAUGAUCGCUCCCAUAUACUACCACACAUACACACAUAACCAUGAGGGGACAAACUAAAGACCAGUCAUAGAUGACUGACUGAAAACUGAUUCAGUGUGCCUGAGAGAGGAUAAUCUCAAGGGGAAAAGGACUGACACCCAUUUCCAGACUCUUCACCAGGCACUUCAACAGCCUAAAUGGCAUCAGCUCAGCAAUGAGCUUUGCAGCAAAUUUCCACACUGAAAUCCAAGUCCUGCUAUUAAUGGCACAGCCUGAAAUUUCCUUGAUGUUAAUUGGUGUGUUUCAAGGGACACUGACAUGUUGGUUUUUAGAAAAUGGGCCAUCGCUGACCUUUUUGAGGUCUGGGUUCUGUGCAUUAGUGAUCAGCCCCAUAUAAAGGUCUUGAAAUAGCUGACCAUUAUGUGUGUUCCAUCUAAUGACCUCCUUCUAUGUAGUCCAUGCUGCUGGCUGAAAUACAGAACAUGUGUAAAAUACCCCAGUAUACCUAGCUGUGACUUUCUGUGGCCAUGAUAUGACAUGAAAUCUGAUUGACUGUUGUAGUGAUCGUUGACAGAAAUAGUUGACUAUGGUAUGUAUUCAGCCAUACAAAACAUUGCAAUAAAUAUGAAAUAAUGCGAGCUUCUUGUCAGAUAAUUCAUUUGACAACCCAAAAAUGUGGAGUUAUUGCCUGCUUUUCAUAAAUUUCACUCUGAGCUCAUCAUACCAUGAUUCAGAUGUUUAGACUAACAGCAAAGACUUCCUUCUUUCAUCAAUGUGAGGAAAAGACUUUUAUAAUUAUAAUUUGGAAUUACAAAAUAAAGAAAAUAAAUAAAUACUUGGGGACCAUAUAAAAAUUGAGCUUGUUUCAACUUUCAACUACAAAAGGUCAACUUCUGGAGAAGGCUUAAGUUGUUGGGAUUACAGGUUCUGAGGCACUGCCACUUUAAUUGAUGCUUUUGCAUAACCUUUUACAUUCCAUGUCAUUUCUUACGGUAGUUAUUUAUUUAUGUAUCCUAAAGCCAUUAAACAGCCCAUCCCAUCCCACUCCCACACCACAGCCAGCAUUAGGUCGUAAUGAAUGUGAGAGCCACCGGUGGAGAAACCCUCAUUACAUCAAUCCCACUCAAGCGCUAGGAAUAGAACUACUAUUUCUUUACUGCCUCCGAGAGGGCACAUGUUGAUGGAAACACUGUGGAUGAGUCAAGUGUGAGGGUGUACUGUACGCCAGAGAAAUAAUACAAGGUGUGUCACGUACUUGCAGACAUCUCUGACAGUAUGACCAGUAUUUGUAUAAUGUUUCUUUCUAUGUCUCUCACUGUCUUAAUAAUCAAUAAUAAACCAUCCAUGAUGAAUGAUGUUCCCCUUGUUCUUCUCUGGAUUAAUACUAAUUCUCUGUGAAGUGAUUUGAGUGUAAUAUAUCCCCUACGUGUUUGGAGACAAUAGUAGCAGGAUUAACAGAAAUGACAACUCACUAGUAACAUGUAUGUGUAGAUGGAUGUCAUGACACAUUGCAAUCCCUGUUUCAGUCUACUGAAUGCGAACAGGAUAUUCUGGUGUGAUUACGCCCCCUUGUGGCUAUCAGAAGGACUGCUGAC